AUGCCCUGCACAGAACUCGCACUUCUCCCCCUCACCUCCCCACUUUCCCCCCGUCUCAUCCCCAAACUGCGAAUUGCCAAACACGUGCUCGAGACCGCUGCUGGAUAUCCUUGUUAUUUCUAUCAACAGGUGGAAAAUCCUUCGUAUAUAUAUAUUGUCGGGACGUGGGAAAGUCCUCAACAUCAUGAGAGGUUCAUUCCGAGUGUGGAGAAUUUGGGACUUUUUGAUUUGUUGAAGGGGGAGGUGGUGGUUGGGGUGGGUGUGGGGGAGACGGUGGAGGGGAGGGGUAUUAGAAUGUGGCAUUUAGACUGCGAUGCACUCCAACCCCUCCGUGUAGGAACAGAAAAAGGACCCGGAGAAGAAGAUUCGAAGAAAAAAUCUCCUUUCUCCGCACCCAUAAUAUCAUGUAAUCGAUAUUUCAUCACAUCCUCCAACAAAGAAGGAUUUAGAGAGAAAUAUGGCGCGGUGAAACAUGUAUUAGCGGAGGAGGCGAAAGAGUAUGAGAUUGAGGGAGGAUGGAGGAUAGAGAAGGAGGCGGAGGAUAAAGACGAAUGGGUCAUGUUUUGUGGGUGGAAGAGUGUGGAGAAACAUUUGGCGUUUAGUACCAAGGAGGGGUUUAGGGAAUGGAGGGGCAUUGUGGAUUGGGUGGAUGGGUUUGAGGUUAGGCAUUUGAGGAAGAUUGAGGGAUUGUGA